CUGUGUGUAGUCAGGGGACAGAGCCAGCCGCGCGCCAACUCUACAGCCCCGUCACACAGCACAAAGAACCUCCUUUAUUUCAAUCCACGCACUACAUUUACCGGAGCCUCCUCACACACACGCACACAGCACCUCCUUUAUUUCAAUCCACGCACUACAUUUACCGGAGCCUCCUAAAACACACACGCACACAGCAACUCCUUUUCUCUCUCUCUCUCUCUCUGGUCCCCGGUCAGAACGGACGGUUCGGUAAGGAUCAUGUCUUCUAAUGGCUGUUGUACCGGCGGCGGUGACGUGCUGCAGAUCCAACUCGGGCUGAUUAACGCGGGGAAUAAAUAUCUAACGGCUGAAACGUUCGGUUUUAAAAUCAACGCCUCCGCACCGAGUCUGAAGAAGAAACAGAUGUGGACGUUGGAGCAGAACACCGGUGACACGGCGGGAGACUCGAGCGGCAGCGUGGUGUUCCUCCGGUCGCACCUCGGACGGUAUCUGGGUACGGAUAAAGACGGGAACGUUACCGGGGAGAGCGAGUGUCGAGGUAAAGACUGCAGGUUCGUGUUAACGGCGCAUGAUGACGGCCGCUGGUCGCUGCUCUCUGAGCCCUUCGGGAGGUACCUGGGAGGCAGCGAAGACCGGAUCAGCUGCUUCGCUCAGACAGUAUCAGCAGCAGAGAAGUGGUGUGUCCACUUGGCCAUGCAUCCCCAGGUGAACCUGUUCAGCCCGGCCAGGAAGCGUUAUGCCCACCUGACCUCUAACCCCGACCACUCUGAGGUCUCUAUAGACCGUGACUUCCCGUGGGGGGUGGACUCCCUGAUCACCCUGGUGUUCAGAGACCAACGCUACCACCUGCAGACGUCUGAUAACCGCUUCCUGAAGAACGACGGCAGCCUGGAGGCCGCGCCGGACAAGACCACCGGAUACACGUUGGAGUUCCGCUCCGGCAAGGUGGCGUUCAGAGAUUGUUCCGGGCGCUACCUGGCGCCGUCGGGGCCGAGUGGGACCAUGAAGAGCGGGAAGAACAGCCGCUUGGGGAAGGACGAGAUGUUCUCUCUGGAGCAGAGUCACCCUCAGGUGGUUCUCACCGCCGGCAACGAGAGGAACGUCUCCACCAGGCAAGGUAGGACCAACACAACCUUCUAGAACAGUACUAGAACCUAACCAGGCAUGAUAGGACCAACACAACCUUCUAGAACAGGACUAGAACCUAACCAGGCUAGAUAGGACCAACACAACCUUCUAGAACAGGACUAGAACCUAACCAGGCA